AUGUAAAGCAAUUAAAAUAUUGUUGACACUUAAAUCAUAGGUUUAUAGAAAUCUUCCAAAAUAGCAAAAUAAAGGUAAAAAGAAUAAAGAAAAUAUUGUGCAAUAAAAAAGGAAUUUUAAAUCAUUAUUAACAUUCCAAAGACCUUAAAUGUGAGGGAAUACCUAAGAACUGAAAUAGAUAUUAUCUUCAGCACUGAUUAUCAAAUCAAUUCUAAUUUAGGAGAAUUGUGCACAAAUAUUUUUACAGUAGGGUACAAAAUAUUAUAGACUGAUUACUUUUCAGAUAAGCAAGCAUUUACAUUGUUCCCAAGAGAUUUGUAAUGUGUGAACAUAGAAGUUAUAUUUAAUUUAUUAGAGAAAAUGAACUUGCAAAAAAGUAAGGAUGACAUAAAAAAUUUUAUGAUCGAACACAAAAAAAGAAAUAUUCAACUCAGUUAAUGUACUGAUGUAUAUUAUCUCGACAUGUACGCUUCCUAAUUUCCAUAUGAAUCUUACUUGAUAAGAUUUGAUUCAACAGGAUCAAAGGUUUUAAAAUACAUAAACAAUAUGAAAUAUCUUCAUUUAAUGGGAAUAACAAGGGAAAUGAUGGAAUGGAACUUAAUUUAAACCCAAAUGUUGCCUUGUGCCAUAAGAGUCGAAUCAUAUUUGGAUGUAUGGAGUAAGAUGUUUGAAGCAGUUUCUAGAAAAUCUAACUUUUUCACAGCUGAGUUAUAAAAUUAUAAUGGUUAACGAUCAUUUGUAAAAAUGGAACAAAGAUUAAUAUAUAUAGUCUAGGAAAACGACAGCAGUUUGUAUUGCUAUCUCUAUUGGAUAUACCAUACGAAUCCAAAUCCAGCAAUAGCAGAUGAAAACUAUUAGAAGGAAUUAGAUUCUUAAAAUCCUAAACCAAAAUAAUGUACAUAUAAAUAAAUUUGCCAUUGA